AUGCAGCAGCUGGAGAUCAUCGUGAAGAAAGCCAUUGGCUUGAAACACGAUGGCCGACACUGCGUGGAGUUUCUGCUGGACGGUCACAGCCCUGAGCGCACCCACUGGGUGGACGAUUUGUAUGACACCUCGGGCGCGGUGGUGCAGCCGAAAAACUUCAGGAACAGCAGGCGGUGUAUUCGCCUGAAGGGGGGCCCGGACAGCUACCAGGGCGCCUUUUUGCAUAUCGCCCUCUUCCAUCAACGCAACAUCCGCGAGGACAAGCGGGCGGCUGAGGCGCAUCUGCCCUUCAGCGCCGUGAGGAGCUUCAGCGGAUGGGUGGCGCUGGAGCACAAGGAGAAGUACGGAGGCAAGAUCUUCAUCGAAGCGUCUCUGAAAGAUGCAGCCCCUCCGCCGUCACCGGCGCAGCCUGCGGUUGCUGCUGUGCUAGAUGAUCCGGAGCUGGCCGAGCAGAUGGCCAUCCUUGCAAGCAUUCAAUCCAGCCACGAGACGAAGCCCUCCACGAAGGACAGCGUGCCUUCGUGGCCCAGCAGCUGGCCGCAGGUGCCCACGAACUCCGCGCCGGCGCAGCCGGCGCAGCUGGCGCUGCCGGCGCCGGCGCCAAUUUCGCCGCCCACGGCGGCGGCGCAGAUGGCGGAUCUGGCGGAGCCGGCGGAGUGGCUUCCGUGGCCGCGGUUCCGCGCUGCCUGGCCCAAAGUGCCCACGCCGGUGACCUCCGCAGCGCCGGCACGGAGUCCGCGGCGCAAGGCGCUGCUCAUCGGCCUGGACUACUUGGGCACGGCCGCGGAGCGCUUCGGCCGCGCGGGACGCCGGGACAUGGCGGAGGUGGCGGCCAUCCUGUCGAGGAGCUGGGCUUUCCAGAGGAGUGGAUCCUGA